AUGGAGGGCGAGGAGUCCAGCAUGGAGGGCAUGGGGGGCUCGUCCUCCCAGCCAGGCCAGGAGUCCUCAGGCCUGUCCCCCCCUCUGGCCGAGGAGCCCUCGGGCUCAUCCCCCCCUCUGAACAAGGAGCCCUCGGGCCUGUCCCCCCUGCCAGCUGAGGAGCCCUCGGGCUCAUCCCCCCCUCCGGCCGAGGAGCCCUCGGGCCCGUCCCCCACUCUGGCCAAGGAGCCCUCAGGCCUGUCCCCCCCUCCGGCCGAGGAGCCCUCGGGCCCGUCCUGCUCGCUGGCCGAGCCGCCGGCUGGGGCUGGGGUGGGGGCCGAUGAGCAGGAGGACAAGGAGGAGGUGGAAGUUACCGACAGCCACACCCAGACGAAGCACAAGCCUCAGGGGGGUGCAAAGAAGAAAGCAGCCAAGAAAGCGGCUGUGGGCUACUCCGUGCGGCCCGUCGUCCCGGCCAGGAGGGCCGAGCUGGUGGCUGUGGCCAAGGCCAUGCACCGGGAGCGGUUUGGCCCAGAGGUGCAGGAGCUGUUCCACCUGGAGAGGGAGGCAGCCCUCCAGGCCAUGCAGACAGGUCUCUACAUUGGCUGGCGCUGCCCUGAGUACCUGUGGGACUGCUUCUGCGUGGGGGACCUCUCCAAGUGCUUCUGCGGGCACCUCCUACGGGAGCACCAGGUCUAUACGCGUGCGCGGGUGCCCUGCACCGUGCCCAGCUGCAAGUGCCAGAGCUUCAUCUUCAUCCCCUCCCGGCCUGAGGACGUGGGCGAGUUCUGGCUGAGGAAGAGAGUUGGCUUCGACCCCUCCACCUGGCGGGCCACGUGCCGCUGCAAACACAGCCACGAGGAGCAUGCGCCCAGCGCCAGCCGCACCUGUCGGGCCGCAGGCUGUUGGUGCGUCAGCUUCGAAUCCAACUUCCUGUGUGCGGCCUGCGACCGGCGCUGGGAGGAGCACGAGACCUUCUUCGAGACGGCCGAGACGCGGCGAAAGGGGGGCCGGCCCUAUGGUACGCGCAGUGCGGGGGUGCACAUGCCUGGCCUCUGCCCCCCUCGCUCCCAUGGCAGCACGGAGGGCCUGGGCCAGGGCAGCCCCUAG